AUGUCCCGCUACGGCGCGAAUUGGCAGAAUGCCAACAACCCCAACAUGGCGCCGCUGCCGCCGCGGCCACCGCGCGGCGGUAUCGGCAGCGGCGGAUACGGACCUGGACCCGCUGGCUCCGCCAUGAGCCCCUCUUUGGGCAUGUCCCAGGGCUCGUCGGCAAGCCCGAUGGGCACGCCGGGUCAGCCGCCAUCCUCGAUCGGAGGCACGCCGAGCUCCGGUCUCGCACCCGAGGCCGCCACCACGCUCUUUGUCGGCAGCAUAUCCCCCGGCAUCACCGACAUCUGGCUCGUCCGCCUGCUCGAGGCCUGCGGCUCGCUCCGCAACCUCAAACGCGUCAGCAAGGCCUUCGGGUUCGCCGAGUACAGCGAGCCCGAUGCGGUGCUGCGCGCCAUCAACGUGCUCAACGGCAGGGAGCUGCCCGCCAUGGGUCCAGACGCAAAGUCGGCGCAGCCAAAGAAGCUCGUCGUCAAGGCAGACGAGAAGACGAAAAAGUUCCUCGAACAGUACGAGCAGACACGCAUCGCAACAGACAGCGACGAAAAAGACGAGGUGGACGCCGGAUCAGCGGUCGAGAAGCUCAUCAAGCAGAUGGCGACCGAGGCCGCUGCUGGCGGGGACAACACAGAGUCGCGCCCCGCCUACGAGGUCCCGGCGCAUCUCAAGGACCUUCCGCCAGAGGAGCUCCCAGAGGAGCAUCGCGGGAGCGUCCUCUCCGAGAUCGAACAGUUCAGGCAGGCGGCGGCGGCUCGCGAGGAAGCGACGCGACGGAGAGAGGUUGAGCUCGAACAGCAGAGGGCCGCAGAACGGGCGCGUCGGGCGGGACAGCAGCAGCAGCAGCAGCAGCAGCAAGGGCAUCAGCCCGGUCACGCCAACGGCCGAUCUCAGGAUCCGCAGAGCUACCAGCGGCCCGUCGGCUUCGUCCCCGCCUCUCACGACCAGAGGCCAGAGUCGGACCUCGAGCCCGAGGAGCUGGACGAGCUGCAGGAGCGGAAGCGCAGGGAGCGGAAGCUGGCCGACGAGCGGGCAUCCGCCGCCGAGGCCGAGCGGAUGUACGCCGUCAAGGAGCGCCAGAGGCUCGCCCACUGGGAAAAGGAGCUCGGCCGCGACAAGGUGGAAAAGGAGCGGGCGGAAAGGGAAGCGGUGGCGCUGCUGCGCAAGUGGGAAGACUGGAGGGACGACGUCGCGCGCGAAAAGGAGCUCUUCCACACGGACAGGAAGCGCUGGAGGCACGCACGCCAGCCGUUCCGGCAGCGGGAAGAAGAGGCCGACGAGCGAGACCGCCGCGCCGAAGCGGAAGAGCAAGAGCGGGCGCGGCAGGAGACGGAGCGUUUUCUCGCCCAGCAGGCCGCCGAUAUGGCCGCACUGGCCGAGCAGCAGCGGGCGGCGGGCAUCCUGGUGCCGCAAGAGGGCGGACUGCAUGCGCCGCUCAAGCUCAACCUCACCAACGCUGCCAAGGCCGAGGGCGCGUCCGAGGGUGCCGCGGCAGGCGCUGCGGCCGCUCCCGUCGUGGCCGCGACGGCGCUGCUCGGAGAGGCCGACGACGACGACACGGGCAAGCGGGCCAGCAGGCUCAAGCGGAUCGAGCUGCGCGACAACCUCACAGAGGAGCAGAAGCAGGCGCAGAUUGCAAAGAUCGAGGAGGGCGUGCCCGGCGACGCCGCCUCGCUCUUCAAGCUGCAGCCAAAGUGGGAGUACAUUGACGAGGCCACGAUACAAGGCAAGUACAAGGCCUGGGCCGACGCGCAGAUCGAAGAGAGCCUGGGCGAAAAGGUCGAGGAGCUGGUCGACUUUAUCGUCGAGACGCUGCGCGCCCACAGCACUGCCGAGGACUUUGUCGGCGGCAUCGAGCCGGUGCUGGCCGAGGAAGCCGAGCCGCUCGUCGGCAGACUUUGGAAGAUGCUCGUCGUCGACUCGCUCGCGGCCGCUGCAGGACUUGUUGGCUGA